CAAAAGCACAAUGAUGAAAACAAAACCUAAAAUAAAUUUUAUAUACUUAGCUAUAGUAUUUAGUAUAGGCAUCCAAACAAGUUAUGCACAAACAACCUGCAAGAAUGGCCUGGGACGUGUUCUCUACGAACGAUUGCCCAACCAACAAUUACAGGGCUACGAUGAUGAUGUGGUGCGCGACACAGCGCCGCCCUUUCGCGUCCUAGAAAAGUGUCAAGAUUUGUGCCUGCGCGAUCGCACCGGCACCAACAAUCUAGUGCGCACUUGCACCAGUUUCGACUUUCAGCCAGGCAGUCGCAUCACCUCAUUCGGUGGCACUUCCGAAUACGAAGAAUCCCUCUGCUAUCUAACAUCGGAGCAGGCGGGUCCUGAGGGCAUCGGCAGUUUGAUGUUAGUGCCCAACAGUGUGCAUUUCAAUGAGAUCUGUUUGACAUCCAGUCGCCCGGAGAGAGAAUGUCCCAGUCGGCGUUAUGUAUUCGAACGGCAUCCACGCAAGAAAUUGAAAUUACCAAUAUCGGAUGUUAAGGAGUUUACGGCAGCAAAUCGUUCGGAUUGUGAGGACAAGUGUUUGAAUGAGUUCGCCUUCGUUUGCCGCUCCGCCAAUUUCGAUUCGACCAUGCGUUCGUGUACUCUGAGCAGAUUCACACGUCGCACACAUCCAGAAUUGCUGGAAGAUGACCCCAACUCUGACUAUCUGGAGAACACCUGCUUGAAUGCUGAGCGACGUUGUGACGGCCUGGUCGUGUUCGUUAAGGAGGAGAACAAACGACUGGGCGGUCCCUUCGAGGUGGAUAUAUUCAAUAACAUGACAUUGGAAGAAUGUCAGACGAUGUGUCUGCGCGCCGAGAAAUACUUUUGUCGCUCCGUUGAGUACGAUGAUCAGACGAAGCAAUGCAUUUUAUCCGAGGAAGAUUCCAUUUCACAGAAAGACGACAUAAGCAUCAGUUCCAGUCCAACACAUCAUUUCUAUGAUCUGGUCUGCUUAGACAACCAACGCGCUAAUGAUUAUCCCGAUAAUUCCGUCACAUCGCAUCUAUUCUCGUCGGGUCGGCGGCCUGAUACCGCAUUUCAGCGCUAUCGUAAUUCACGCCUGGGCGGCGAAUUUCAUUCCGAGAUUACUGGACGCUCUUUGAGUGAAUGCUUGGAUGAGUGUCUGCGUCAGACGAGCUUCCAAUGUCGAUCAGCCGUUUACAGCGAUCGCUUUCGUACGUGUCGCUUGAGUCGCUACAAUCAAAAGGAUGGUAUGCGCAUUAUUUACGAUGCCGACUAUGACUAUUAUGAGAAUCUAAUGUUGAACGUAGUAGGCGGUGGUGACGCAGAUGGACAUGGCAACACUGGUAAUGGCGGCAGCCACCGACCUGGUGAGCAUGGAAGCACUAAUUGGCGUCCACCCAACAAAGACGACGAUCGAUAUGGCGCGGGUGGGGGCGGUAGUUCAGGUGGUAGAUAUCCUGGUGCUGGAGGUGGCGCGGGAGGUGGACCGGGAGGAGGUGGCGCUGGUGUUGAUGACUACGGGCGUCCUUACGAUCGCUACCCGAUAACAGACGAUUAUGAUCGCUACCCAGGAGGCGGCGGCGGCGGCGGCAGCGCGGACCGUUAUGCUGGAGAUAGCCGUUAUCCACCACCAGUAGAUGGGCGUGACCCUUACGAUGAACGCUAUCCACUGGGUCGUCUGCCCGGCAUCGACAAUGAACGCUAUCCUGGCGACAGAGAUCGCUAUCCUGGUGGCAGCGUGGAUUUGUAUCCUGGCGACCGCUACCCAUUAGAUCGCGAUCGUGAUCGUGAUCGUGAUCGGCACCCUAGUGACCGCUAUCCCCUCGAUCGUGACCGUGAUCGUUAUCCACUUGGCGAUCGUGAUCGCGACCGUUAUCCAGGCGGUGAUCGCGAUCGUUACGCUGGCGACAGAGAUCGUUACCCAAUUGGUGAUCGUGAACGGUAUCCGAUAGGUGAUCGUGUACGCGACCGUUAUCCCAGCAUCGACGAUCGUUAUCCACCUGGUCGUUAUGGUGAACGUGACCGCGAUCGCGAUCGUUAUCCAGUUGGUGACUAUCCACCACGUGAUCGCUAUCCUUACCGGCCUUUGGAUCGUUAUCCUAUACCACCAGUCACGGAAAAUGGUUUAGGUGGUGACGUGCCACAUACGCGACCUUACCCACCAGACCAUGAUUUGUCUUAUCGUCCAUAUGACACUACGGGCCGCUAUCCAGAGGAUCGCUAUGCCAGUCGUUAUCCCUCGCGAUAUUCGCCAGCGAGGGAUCCCAUAGGCGGCUACACAGGCCGCGAUGCACCCGAUAGUUUCUUUCUUGACAAACGUUUUCGUCCCUCAUCUUAUGAUUCGCGAUAUCCGCUGCUAACUGGCGGACGUGGUGGACCACCGCCGCGUUACGGACCAGACGGACGUUAUCCACCAGAUGAUAUAAUACACAGUGCCCGAAGACCAGAACCUGACUCGGCGAAGAGAUAUCCACCAGCGCCGUUAGUGCCGCCUACCACGAUAAGUAAAUAUCCUUCAUCUCCAAACCGCUUUCCGGUAGGUACUGAGCGCUUUCCAAUCGAUAUAUACAAAUAUGGCAAUCGAUUUGGCAGCAGCGGCAGUAGUAGCGGCGUUAGACCAGGUUACGAACGCCCACCACCGCCGCCACACUACUACGAUAUGGACUAUGAGGAGCGCUAUGGUGAUCGCUAUGGCGGCUAUGAUCGCGAAUAUGAAGGACCAAUAGGUAGACGACCACUAGGCGGCGGCUAUCCACACUACGAGACGCCCUUCAAUCGCCCCUAUGGCCAUGGCUUAGGCGCACCACCGCCACUCGAUGACAAUCGUCCGCUACCGCCGCCACUACACCCCUACGGCGCUGGUGGACAUGGCGGCGCCGUCGUCGGCCCAGGUGUUGCUGCCGGCGGUCCACCGCGUCCGCAAUUGACGCGCUGUGAGGAGACAGAUAAUUUUAAGCAAAUUGCGGCCAGACACAAAAUGCGACGCCACUAUGUGCGACGCGCGCUGGUCGUGCCCUCGCUGAUACAAUGCGAGCGAGAAUGCAUCGAGUCGCGGGAAUUCGUUUGUCGCAGCUUCAAUUACAGAGAUGCGGCGGCUACAAAUUACGAUCAACGCGAUUUGCCCAAUUGUGAGCUGAGCGAUCGCGAUUCGCGCGAACUGGACGUACACGAUCCCAAUUACUUUGAUGCAGCCAACUAUGACUACUACGAACGUAGUUUGGGGCGCAGCGAUGGCGAGUGUAUGGAUGUAACACAAACCUGCAACGAGGAGGGCAUGGAAUUCACUAUACGCACACCGGAAGGUUUUCUUGGACGCAUCUACACCUAUGGCUACUAUGACAGAUGUUUCUUCCGUGGCAAUGGUGGCACCGUGAACGUGUUGCGCAUCAGUGGCCCACAAGGCUAUCCCGAUUGCGGCACACAAAGAUACGGCGACACGCUGACCAACAUUGUGGUUGUGCAAUUCUCCGAUAAUGUGCAAACCAGUCGCGAUAAACGCUAUAAUUUAACAUGUGUUUUCCGGGGGCCCGGUGAAGCGGUUGUCACUUCCGGUUAUAUUGGCGCAGGAUCCGGCAGUCCCAUACCAAUCGAAUACUUACCUGCAGAGAAUACGCUCAGCUCCAAAGUUCGUCUCAUGAUACUGUAUCAAGGACGUCCGACCACCACAAUAGCAGUCGGUGAUCCACUAACUUUCCGUUUGGAGGCACAAGAUGGCUACAAUCAUGUAACUGAUAUAUUUGCCACCAAUGUGGUGGCGCGUGAUCCAUACUCGGGCAGGAGUAUACAGCUUAUCGAUCGCUUCGGUUGCCCCGUGGAUCCGUAUGUCUUCCCCGAACUGGAUAAAUUGCGCGAUGGUGAUACGUUGGAGGCGCGUUUCAACGCCUUCAAAAUACCCGAAUCUAAUUUCCUCGUAUUUGAGGCUACAGUUCGCACUUGCCGCGAUGGCUGUCAACCGGCUUAUUGUCCAGGCGCAGCUGGACGGCAGGAGCCCUCGUUCGGUCGUCGCAGGCGUUCGUUGAAUGAAACAGAUGUUGUGGAAAUUGAAUCGAAUACUGAACCGGUAGCUGAACGUUUGAUGGACGACAUGUCCGAGAUGAAUAGCACGAAGGUGACAGCCACUUUGGGAGAUUUUAACAAAACUGCCACAAGCGAUGACAAGUCCAAUCAGGAGCUUGAAGAACCCGAGCAAGUGCGGGAAAUGAUUGAGGUAUUUGAAACCCGUGAAGAGAUCGAGAAGGAAACAUAUCCACGCAAACUAGUUGCUCCCAUAGAGACCGUAUGCAUGACACCCUCCGAGUAUCACGGCCUUAUAACAGCCAUUAUAUUGCUAAUGUUUUUACUAUUCAGUAUAACUUUGGUUUCUGGUUUAGCUUACCGCUAA